GAGCGCGCGGCCCGGGGAUGCUGGAUGUGUCGCGAUGGCCCCCGCCAUGCAGUCGGCGGAGAUCCAGUUCGCUCAGCGCUUGGCGUCCAGCGAGAAGGGCGUCCGCGACCGAGCGGUGAAGAAGCUGCGUCAGUACCUCAGCGCGAGGACGCAGAAGGAGACAGGAGGUUUCAGUCAAGAAGAACUCCUGAAACUGUGGAAAGGACUCUUCUACUGCAUGGUCGUGCAGGACGAGCCCCUUCUGCAGGAGGAACUGGCAAACACGAUCUCCCAGCUCAUCCAUUCUGUUAGCAACACAGACGCUCAGCACCUGUUCGUUCAAACCUUCUGGCAAGCCAUGAACCGAGAGUGGCCGGGGCUGGACAAGCCGCAGCUGGACACGUUCGGCAUGCUGAUCCGCCUUGUCUUGAGGCAGUCUUUUGAAGUUCUAAAGCAGAAUGGCUGGGAAGAAAGCCAAAUCAAGCUUUUUCUCGACAUCCUAGUGAAGGAGCUCCUGUGUCCUGAGAGUCAGUCUCCGGAUGGAGUGAGAUUCCACUUCAUUGAUAUUUAUCUGGAUGAGCUUUCCACUGUGGGAGGGAGAGAGCUUUUAGCGGAUCAGAACCUCAAGUUUAUUGACCCAUUCUGCAAAGUUGCUGCCAAGACCAAGGACCACACACUGGUACAGACUAUAGCUAAGGGUGUUUUUGAAGUCAUUGUAGAUCAGUCUGCUCUUGUACCUGAAGACACCGUGGAAGACCAGAAAGCCAAGCUGUGUGACGACGGCCUCUCUGAGGACAAGACCUCUGCAGACAAGAUGGUCUGGGAAAAAGCAGUCCAAGGAGAGAAGGCAGCACUAAGCCAGUGUCUCAGGCACGGAGGCGGUGGUGGCGGAGAGGGAGACGACAGUGCGGCCUGCAGAGAUGCGGGGUCACGUCUCCAGUUUGACUAUAAGGCUGUUGCCAACCGACUCCUGGAAAUGGCCAACAAGAAAAACACCCCUCCCUUCAACCGGAAGCGACUCUGCAAGCUGAUUAGAAAGUUCCAGGACCUCUCUGAAGCAGGCUGCAGAUCUCAGCGCAGUUUUGCUAAGGACAUUUCUACUUACAAAGAUGCCCAAGCUCCCUGUCAAGGAAAACACAAGAAAAAAAGAAAGAAGCUUUUAGAGAAAGCUGUCUCAGAGGAGAAAGGAAACAAAGCGUGUCUUGGUGAUGAGGGCGGCGAAGGCAGCCUUCAGAAGAGGAAGAGGAAAAGGAAGAAGAGGAGCCACUUCCAGCCCGAGACUCGGGGCCCGGGGGACGCUGCUGCCCCAGCACAGAGCAGCGUGGGCAAGCCUGGUGCCGACCAGGGGCGCCCUCCACAGCUGUGUGCAGCGGAGCCUGCGGCAGAGGCUGCGCCCCGCUCCGGGGAGGGGAGCUGCGUGAGGCGCUCCCCCGACACUGCCACGCACAGUAAGAGGAAGCGGCCAAGGAAGAGAAGCCUGAAGGCGCACAGAGGGAUCUGGAAGUCCAGGUCCACUCUGGAGAACAUGCCAGACAGUGACCUGAGCAGCGGGCUUCCUCAGUGCCCUGCUGCCAGUGCUUCCCCAGCAGAAGGUGUCCAGGUCCUGAAAAAGAAGCCGAAACUUGCAGCCCUCCCUGUCAACGGAGGUGACUUGGCCACGCUGGCCUGGCCUUCCAUACAGAAGGCAGACCCCCCAACAAGCCCAGAGGAAGAAAACAAUGUCCAGAGCACCCUGCCCCAGUGCAAGAGGUUACAGAAGAAGAAGGCAGAGUCCAGCAGCCUUGAACUCCACGACCUGUCCAGUCAGAAAGCAGCAAUCUUGAAAAGGAGGAGGAAAAAGAAAGCAUCAGGCUUGGCAGAGCAAAACGGAGUGCUCGGGUCCAAAGCUCAGGAAAACAGGACUCCAAGCCCGCUGAAGAAGCUGAGGACAGAGAAUGACUUUGUGAAGUUUGAUACGUCCUUCUUAGCAAAGCCCCUGUUCUUCAGAAAAGCAAAGAGUACUGCCACGAGCCCCCCACGUCCUGCUGUCCAGCUAAGGAAAACACCUCCCAGCUCCAAGAAGGUCACCUUUGGGUUGAGCAGAAACAUGACUGCAGAGUUUAGGAAGACAGACAAGAGUAUCCUGGUCAGUCCCACAGGCCUCUCUCGGGUAGCCUUCAACCCUGAACAGAAGCCACUCCAUGGGGUGCUGAAGACGCCCACCAGAUCCCCAGCCAGCACUCCCCUGGCAACCAAGAAGCUACCAGCCGCCACUACCCCACAUAGAAGGCCAACGGCCGCGGACUUCUUCUGAGAACCAGUCCCUUUUUAAAGACUGCUUUUAUAUUGAAUGUUCUAUAUAAAUUAUAACUUUUCAA